UUCUAUUAUUUGCAAACUUACUAGCCUGCGCGUGUUUGGAUUAGCGAGAGGGAGGUUCGAGGCAAUUCAAUCAGAAGAUGGAAGAGUACUUGCAGUACGUGAAGGCUCUACGCUCUCAAAUGAAUGAUGUGGAAGAUCAAGCAGCAAAGGCAUCAAUGGAAGAGCACGCUCUCGUUUUUACUAUUGGAGUCGUGAUCUCAACUCUGGUUUUUCCUUUGCUUCGAAUUACUCUUGCCUAUCUUUGAGUGUGAAUUGCUUGUUUGUUCGACACUUGUUUUUCUCCUAUCUGUUUGUCUUUAUUUUUUUUAAUCGGUGUUUCAUUAUCUUCGUCCAAUUAUUCCAACAAUUCACAUUAUCUUGCACUUGGCCACUAUUUAUCUUGUUUUUUUUCCACUGAAUCUAGG